AUGUUGUCAUCCGAGCGUGUUGUUCUUGCAGUAGUAAUUGUAGAAUCUUCCUAUGUAAGGGGAUUGAAAUUCGAAGUAGAUAUUGUCGAAGCACUAAGGAGUAUUGGUAUAUUCACAGGUCGCCCAGUUAUUGAUGAGUUGCUUGGGGUACUUACUAGAACCAAGCAACCAAAAGGGACUAUCGGCAUUGUAGUGGGUCCGACUAUGGGUAAUUUUACACCCGGCGCAAUAAAUACGGCGCUAGAAAUAGCAGAACCACUGGAGCCAUCGGAACUAUUGGAACCAUUGGAACAACUACCUACAUAUCCUAUCAUUGUGACCGAUAAGGCCCGGUUACCUAAAUAUUUGAUCAAUGUGGAUACUAAAUCUUUUUUGAGUGUAAAAGGCGGGCAGGGGUUGAUCCAAGAAUUAUUUACUCCAGAGCCAUCUCUACAAGAAUUGAAUAUAAUUCAAAACCAUACAAUCAAAAUUUCCGAGACCGGUGGUCCCGGAAAAUCUAGCAUUGACGAAGCAUCGCAACAUCUAGCUCAGUUAUAUUCAGCUAAGGCAGAGACCAAUAUCGACUAUGAUGAUGUAUAUUUUGAUGAAGAAUUUGAUGAUGAUGUGUAUUUUGAUGAAGAGGUUGCUUUGCGAUCAGAUAAGGUAGAGCUAGGCCAAAGAAGUUCUUCGAACCAGGCGCUUUCGCAUGAUGAUAGUGACCGUAGUCACAACAAAUAUUCUGAAGAAGAGAUGCCAGAUGAAUCGGAUGACGAUGGAUAUAAUGGAUGUGGUGGAUAUAAUGAAUAUGGUGAAUCUGAUAGAGACGACCUUGGAUUAGACGUUACUGGGUUAGAUGGUGUUGAGUUAGGUGGUGCCGGGUUGGACGGUGCUGGGUUAGACGGUGUUGAAUUAGGUGGUGCUGGGUUGGACGUGCUGGGUUAG